AUGUUGCUCAAGAACUCUGUCCUGUUAUCAGGCGCGUUGUUGGCUUCGUCUGCUGUUGCUCAAUUCCCGCCAAAGCCUGAAGAUGUCAAAACUGUAAAGUCAAAGUUCCAUCAUGGUAUCGAGAUCUCGUACAAAGAGGUUGAUCCUGCUAUUUGCGAGACUACCGAAGGUGUUCGCAGUUUCUCUGGAUAUGUCCAUCUGCCUCCCCACAGCAUCAAUGAGACACACGAGAGACAAGACUAUCCUAUCAACACUUCAGCNUUCUUCUGGUUCUUCGAAUCUCGCAAGGAUCCUCACAAGGCUCCUCUGUCGAUUUGGCUCAAUGGUGGACCAGGAGGAAGCUCCAUGAUGGGAGCUCUUUCUGAAAAUGGUCCUUGCUUCGUCAACAACGACAGCAAUUCUACAUACCUGAACCCGUGGUCGUGGAACAAUGAGGUCGGAUAUUCUUAUGAUGUCCCAACGAACAUCACUGUAAACUUGCUUGCCGACAAUGAGGGUCCUGAUUCCAUCCAGGUUGCCGACUUCAGUUCCAGUGUUCCUGAUCAAAACUCCACUUUCUUGGUUGGCACCGCCAGUAGUCAGAACGUUUCUGCCACCGCCAACAGCACGCAGCACGCGGCUGUUGCUUUCUGGCACUUCGCUCAAACAUGGUUUGAGGAGUUCCCACAAUACAAGCCCCACGAUGAGAAGAUCUCUCUCUUUACCGAGUCCUACGGCGGUAGAUACGGCCCUACUUUUGUCAAGAAGUUCAUGACUCAAAACGAGUUGAUCGCCAAUGGAUCGAUCUCGGGUCCUGGUACCCACUAUCUGCAUCUCGACACUUUGGGCAUAAUCAAUGGCUGCAUCGAUUCUGAGGAUUCCGCUUCUGCAUACGUCGAGUUUCCGGUGGCUAACACCUACGGCAUCCAAGGUUUCACUGAAGAGCAGUACUUUGAAGCCAAACACAACUUCAUCCGCAAAGGAGGUCUGCGCGACCAGAUCCACGAAUGUCGCAGGCUGCAGCUCGAAUCCGACCCUAACGACUACGGCGAUGUCGAGAAGACAAACAACUACUGUAUGCAAGCCGCUGAGAACCUCGCAAACCAGACUGUCGCCCUCUACAUGCAGACCAAGAACUUCGGUUGGUUUGACAUCACCCACCAGCAGAACGAUCCUUUCCCUGGCACAUACCUUAUGGGCUACUUGAAUCAGCACUGGGUUCAAGAAGCACUGGGUGUGCCCGUAAAUNNUCUCACUGCCGUCUCACCCACUGUUUACGAAGCUUUCACGCACACUGGCGAUAUCUCCAAAGGCGGACUGGUUGAAGAUAUUGCUUACAUCCUCGACAACGGCGUCAAAGUAGCCAUGAUGUAUGGUGAUCGCGAUUACGCUUGCAACUGGCUUGGCGGAGAAGCAUCAUCAUUGAAGAUCCCAUGGGAUUCUCAAGAAGCAUUCUCGAAAGCCGAAUACACUCCUCUUGUACUGUCACCCGUCCACUCCGGUGGUCUGGUCAGACAAUACGGCAACCUGAGUUUCACCAGAGUGUACCAGGCUGGUCACUUGGUACCUAGCUACCAGCCUCAAGCCGCAUAUGAGAUCUUCAUGCGUAGCUUGUUCAACAAGGACGUUGCUACUGGCACAGUUGCCGUAUCAGACCAGUACAAGACCAACGGAACCGAGGACGCAUGGACCCCUAGUGAUGUUCUGCCCGCGCCCAAAAAUGAGUGCUAUACUCUAAACCCUGACUCUUGUACCGAAGAAGAGCAGGAGUGGCUCAAGGAUGGUACUGCUAUUGUCAAGAACUGGAUCCUUGUUGGCCGUGAGAAGGGCGGUAAGAGAGGUGGACAGCAGCAGGUUCUGGCUGCGAAGGGCAUGUUGGAGCUUUAG